AUGUCUCUCCAGCCAUUCAUCUUUCUGUAUCGAUAUGCUGUUGAACCAAUAGCACCAUUUAGCUGGUUCGGUGCCAAGGUCUGCUCCCCCGACUUGGUAGCCGUCUUCAGGCUUUGCAUCGCUUUGAGACAGAUGAGGGAAAUUCUGCAUGCCAAACACUGUCAGCGAACUGUUGGAGAGAAUAGACUCGCACUAGGAGAUGUCGGGGCUGCACAUACUGACCGCUCCCUAUGCGCGGGCUCUCUACUUGGUAUCAUGCCAUCUUUCAUGUUCUCGGGUGUUUCUCCCAGAUUGUACAUCGCUGCACAAGCGAUUGUAGAGUAUAUCACUGUCUUGCCGUCUAUGUCACUCAGCACCGAGCUUCCUUUAUCCAUUGUCGACGGAUUUACGCACGCGAUGCUCCUCUGCUGCCUUAUACCGCCACCCGUCGUCACCCAGUGCCCACACAUCCCCUGUCAUUGCAUCUUCCCCAUGGUCAUUACCAAUGGCGGCUUCUUCAUAACGAACAUUGUAAUUUCGACUGCCCUCGGAGGCGGUAAAGUUAGUCCUAUGGACCCAGAAUCCGCCCGUGCGCUGUGCGCGCCAAUUCUCGCAGUAUUGUUCUCCACCCGGACUGCGAAGAACUUUGGGCUUAUCUGGAAGAAGAGCGUUGCAGAGAAGAUCAAGACAGGAUGA